AUGGCUAUUCAACAAAAGGCAAAGAAGAAAAAAGAAAAAGAUCUUAGAGACAAGCAAGUGUCUAUAUUGUUUCAAGAAAUCUCUAAACUUCUCAUUUCCAAGUCUAUACAAGAUAUGAAAGAAACAUAUGCAAUUCUCAAGAAAGAGCUUCAUGAAAUGGAACAGCCACCAUUGCAUACUGAGAAAGAUUCAUUCGAAGAUUCGAAAGUACAGAUAUUUCAUUCAUUUUUGAAUAGGAUUUUGACAAAUGCUGGAAAAACUAGCUCCAAGAAUGGAGAAGCUCAAAUAACGAUCAAUGAAAAGGACCUAGAGAAAGCGUUGGAGGAAGUUGGACAGAAAAUUCAAGAGUGGAAGACUGAGUACAUUAGAUUUUUAGAGUAUAAAUCAUAUGAGGUGAUUGACCACUUGAAACGAAGUCUAUUCACAUCAGAGCAAAAAGUCAAAUUUUUACUCUACAAGAGAGAUGUAGACAGAAAAUCAUUGAAGCGCAGAAUUGACGCGGAAGUGGAUGACAAAAAUUAUGAUUUGGUGUUUCUCGUGAAUAAUAUACUAGAAAAGAGGGAUGAAGCUCUCAAGGAUUUCUAUGCCAGUAAAUAUGAAGUUGGGCUCAGAGAAAAUCAAUUGAGACAAGAAUUAUUGAAAACACAACAACAGCUCAGUAACGCAGAGAUGGAAGUUGAGCAAUUACGAAAAGAUCUUCAACUUCAAAUCAAGAACAAACAAAAAUUAGUGAAUUGGAAAGUUAAAAAUGCACAAUUACUGGAAGAGUUAGAGGAGAAGGUUGAAAAGUAUGAAAGAUGGAGUCACACCAAUGUGGAUAAACUUUUACUCGAGCUUGAAGAAAAGAAGAGAGAAGCAGGACAUUAUGAAAAGUUGAAGGAGCGUAUGAAAGAAAAAACCAAUGCCAUCGAUUUCAAGAAUCAAAAGACCAUUGAAACUCUGAAAAGAAAUUAG